AUGGACGGCUCUUGGUGGAACUCGCGAGAAAAACUGAUCCAGGUGAUGUCCAGACGGAAAAGUGACGACGACGUACUGAUCGACCAACCGGGAAAGGAGAAAUUGGCUAGGGUCCUCAACCUGGUCGACCUAACGGCACUCGGCGUAGGGUCCACAUUGGGCGUGGGCGUGUACGUGCUCGCCGGAGCCGUUGCCAAAACGGAUGCAGGGCCGGCGGUCGUGUUGUCCUUCAUUUUGGCCGCUUUUGCGUCGGCUUUCGCAGGUCUGUGUUACGCUGAGUUCGCAGCGCGAGUGCCAAAAGCCGGGUCGGCUUACGUUUACAGUUACGUUGGAGUGGGCGAAUUCGUCGCAUUCGUGAUCGGAUGGAAUUUGAUACUCGAAUACGUCAUCGGCACUGCAAGCGUCGCCAAAGGUCUCAGUAACUACAUCGACGCGCUGUUGGAGUACCCCAUGAAAAGAACGAUGACAGAACUCUUCCCUAUGAAUGUCAGUUUUUUGUCCGAGUUCCCAGACUUUUUGUCGUUCAGCGUCGUCCUGCUAUUAUCGAUUUUACUGUCAUGGGGAGUCCGUGAAUCAACGAUGAUCAACAACGUGUUUACAGUCGUUAAUUUACUGACCGUUGCCACCGUCGUUAUAACCGGUUUAUUCAAAGUUAACUCGUACAAUUGGAAUAUACCGAAACAAGACAUCCCGAAAGGCGCGAAAGGCGGUGAAGGCGGUUUCAUGCCCUUUGGUUGGGCAGGGGUGACCGCGGGGGCUGCCAAAUGUUUCUACGGGUUCAUCGGUUUCGACACAGUAGCUACAACAGGAGAAGAAGCGAAAAAACCGAAACGUGACAUCCCUUUGGCCAUCAUACUGUCGUUGUCCAUCAUAACGUUCGCAUACUGCUGUAUCAGUUCGGUGUUAACUCUGAUGUGGCCGUAUUAUAAACAGGACGCCGACGCACCCUUCCCGUACGUCUACGAUCAUCUUGGCUGGACGACUAUUAAAUGGAUUGUUUCUUCCGGCGCUAUAUUCGCACUGUUCACCAGUCUCAUCGGGACCAUGUUCCCGUUGCCGAGGAUUCUAUACGCCAUGUCUUGCGACGGUCUCCUGUUCAGCAUGUUCUCCGACAUUCACCCAAAGUAUCAAACACCUCUAUUGGCCACCUUGCUGUCGGGCCUGCUCGCGGGUAUUAUGUCAGCGAUUUUCAACCUGGAACAGCUGAUCGACAUGAUGUCGAUUGGCACAUUGUUGGCGUACUCGAUCGUGUGCAUUUGCGUGCUGGUGUUGCGGUACAGGAACGACUCGGACGUGGAGUUUGUGAUCAAAGGUAACGACGAAUUGGAGACAAGCGGAUUCAUCGAGACGGUUGUCAAGACGGUGGUAAAGUACUUUAACCUGUCCAACAUCAAAUACGCCAAUGAAGAGACCGAGAGCGUGGCCACGAUCAUCACUAUGUGGUUCAUUUGCACGUCGGCGCUGUUCUGCUUCAUAACCGUCCAACAAGAAGGUGCCCAAAACAAUAGUGACGUCGCAGCGUACUCGAGCGCUAUUUUGGCCAUAGGGCUGUUGCUUCUGUUACUGUUACUGGCCAGACAGCCACAAUCGACCAAAGAACUUUCGUUCAAGGUUCCGCUGGUGCCGCUCAUACCGUGCAUGAGCAUCUUGUUGAACAUUUACCUGAUGAUGAAACUCGACAUCCACACGUGGAUCCGUUUCGGCAUUUGGCUGCUGAUCGGACUGUUCAUAUACGUCCUUUACGGGAUGAAGCACAGUGUCGAGGGACGGAAGCAGUUGGAAGAGCCGAAAAAGAGACCGUCUAGUGCCACGGCUGUGCACCCGAUUUCCAUCAUCAAGUUAUAG